UCACAUCAGAUAUGGCGUCAGGAGGUGGCUAACUGAGCAGAACCGCUAGGAUCCUUUAAGGCCGUUUUAAUUAAGAGCUUUAUAAAACGUAAUAACAGAUAGCAUUUGCUCGUUUUGAUCUGAAAAUGGAGUCCGUCCCGUUCCCGGAGGAGGUUUUGGAGAGAAAAGUGUGUAUUGUCGGGUCGGAGUUGGUGGAAAACUACACGGUCUACAUCAUUGAAGUGACAGACGGAGACCAUAGAUGGACAGUGAAGCACCGCUAUAGUGAUUUCCAUGACCUCCACGAGAAGCUGACAACAGAGAAGAACAUAGACCGAGGGCUGCUUCCUCCAAAGAAAAUUUUGGGGAAGAACUCAAAGAGUCUUGUGGAGCAGCUGCAGAAGGAGCUGGAGCUCUACUUGCAGACGCUGCUGCUGCAGUUUCCACAGGCCACACCCACUCCUCUUGCCUGCUUUCUGCACUUUCAUCUUUACGAGAUCAAUGGCAUCACAGCAGCACUGGCUGAAGAGCUGUUUCAUAAAGGUGAGCAGUUGCUGCAGGCUGGCGAGGUGUUUUCUCUCCGACCUCUACAGCUUUACUCCGUCUCCCAGCAGCUCCGCCUGGCCAAACCAACCUGCUGUAACGGAGAUGCCAAAACCGAUCUGGGCCACAUCCUUGACUUCAUCUGCCGGCUGCGAUACCUCAAGAUCUCUGGUACCAGAGGCCCAGUAGGAACCAGUAAUAUCCAGGAGAGCAGUCUCCCCUUCGACCUGUCUGUUUUCAAAUCACUGCUGCAAAUAGAGAUCAGUGAUUGUAGUUCUCAGCAGAUUCAAGGGUUGUCAUCUCUGAGGUCGACUCUGGCGACUAUGUGUAUCCACCGCUCCACAGAAACCAUGAUGUCCAUCUUGGUUCCGGAGGCGAGUGAGUUCUCACAGUGGGAACCUGAGGGGGCGGAGUCUGGCUGUCCUGUAACCGCCUUUAUCCCUGUGUGGAGAAACUUGACCACACUUGACAUGAGCCACAACUGCAUCAGUACCAUCGACAGCUCAGUGAAACUGAUUCGUAAAGUGGAGUUUCUGGAUCUGAGCUACAACCAGCUGUCCUCAGUGGAAAACCUCCAGCACCUGUACAACCUGGUCCACGUUGAUCUGUCCUAUAACAGCCUGCGGGUCCUGGAGGCUGCUCACACCCGUCUGGGCAACAUCAAAACUCUGAGCCUGGCAGGCAACCAGCUGGACCGACUGACUGGCCUCACCAAACUGUACUCUCUGGUCAACCUGGACCUCAGCCACAACCAGCUGGCCCAGUUGGAGGAAAUCAAGAACAUUAGCUCUCUGCCCUGUCUGGAGAAGCUCAACCUGUCCAGUAACCCCAUGUGCAUCAUCCCAGACUACAGAACCAAAGUUCUGGCCCUGUUUGGAGAUCGUGCAGCAGAGGUCUGCCUGGACGGUAAAGUGACGACAGAGAAGGAGCUGGACACAGUGGAAGUGUUGAAAGCCAUUCAGAAAGCCAAGGAAGCCAAAGACAAGAUGAGCAGCAGCAACAAGAAGAUCAGUGAGGAGACCAGACUGUCUGCUGCUGCACCUCCUCACUUCUCCUCCUCAUCUCCCCCCUCCUCCUCCGCCUGCUGCUCCUCUGCUGUUGCUCCUCUUGCGCUCACCUCUUCCUCUUCCUGUCCGGCCCAGCAGGCUGCUGGCCCCAGCCAAGAAGUGAUGAGCAGAGAAGAAGCCGCAGUUCCCCCCAGCAUUCUCCCUCCUGUGGACAACACUGCACCUCCCCCUGCUAGCUUUAACACUAACACACACCUCCUGCCUGCUGACCCCGCCCAGAUAUACCAACCUACUGUCAGUUUGUCUGAACACAUACACUAUGGGGCUCCCACAAGUAUUACUACUACUGCGAGUACUACUACAAGUACUGUCUGUUAUGAGUGCUCCAUCCCCUCCUCCAAACUACCUGAAACCAGUUGUUUCACCUGCAGCACCGCCUGGUGUCCUCUACUUCCUACUCACCUGUUCUGCCUCUCCUCCACGAACAAAGACUUCAUUACCCAGCUCUCCCAACAUCUCAACUGUACCCUGAUGGAGCAGAAGGGGAAGAAGAGGGAGGGGGAGAAGGAGAAGGAGAAAGGAGAGGAUGAAAAGAGGUCUGAAUCCAGAGAUGUUCAUUUUCAUGUGGAGGGCACCAGGGUGGGCAGUCUCAGUCCAGGCUCCAGGGACGGCUACUUUGAGAUGGGCCUUGAUGACUCUGUGGAGGAGUCGGUCUGCUCCUCCCCUACUUCACUUGCUGCUCCUCCUGCAGAGGAGCCCAAUGUCCACUGGGGGGAGCUGUGUGAAGAGGAGGAAAAGGUGCAGAUCAGCAGGGUUCUGUGGUGCUACUGUCUUCAGGUGAAGGAGGAGGUGGAGCAGAAGGAGGGGUGUCUGGUGCUGACAGACCGACUCUUGGGCCUGCUCUAUCUAUCUCAUGAUUUCACAUGGACCAAUCAGAAUGCAGACCAGGAGCAGAUUCUAGAGGUGCUGUCCGACCUGCAGAUGGACCUCCUGCUGCCUUACUCUGAGCUCACGCUCACCUCCCGAGCUGAACUCCCUGACUCCUGUCUUGCCUUCGAGCUUCAGUCUGGUCUGACUCGUUGGUACAUUUUCUCCGAGGCUGAGGAGCUCCGGCAGACGAGGAAUGAGCUGAAGACGUUGAUCCAGGCAGCAGAUUCUCAGACCGACCCUGAGGCCCCCACAUCUUCUCAGUUCCUCCCCCGCUCACUCAUCAACUCCUGGGAGAUGGAAGAGAGUCAAGGAGCACAAGAAGGCUACCUUGCCCACCUCCUUCCCUCAUCCUCCUCAGCCCCAGUCACCCACCCCCAUUUGUCGGACAUCUUAUCCCAGAAGGAAGAGUGCAGCCUCCCUUCUCUCCUGUUCCUCACCCAUCGGCACCUCUGGGUGCUGAAGAUGGACUUCAGAGAGCUGGCAGAAAGACAGCGAAGCAAUGCUGACCUUCAUCACUCCUCCUGGUGCAGGCUAGUCCGCAUGCCUCUUGGCUCUGUGCUGCUUCACCCCCGAGAGAGAGCAUCUCAGGUUGAGGACAGAACCAGCAUCACCUCCUGUCCCAACCCAAAACACCACCACAGGAAGUGUCACUCUGUGGAGCUGCUGCUGGGGGGUCAGAGACUGCUGCUGAUUUUCCCUCUGGCCCAGGACAGGACCUCCUUCCUGGGGGAGCUGAGCCAGCGGAGAGUUUCUCUGGAGGGGUUGAAGAUGGCAGCCCUGCCCCGACCCUGCAGACCCUGUCCACACCAAGGACAGCAUACCCAAGAUCAUUAUGGAUCCAGAGACAAGUGCUGUUGUACCAGUACCAGGAAAUCACACAGCUCCAGCAGCUGGCACACCGCCCAUCUGCAGGUAGAGGAGAACCAUCCACCCCCCCACCUCAUCCCAAGUCUCUCCCCAGGACUGAAGUUGUUGGCUGGGCUUGGAGGACAGCAGUUGCAGGCCUAUUUCCAGAAAUACAUAGCACUGUCUGAGGUGGAGGAGGUGAGACAGGUCUUGUGGCUUUCUGUGGUUCUCUACAAAUCUCCAGAGGCUGAAAUCACCUGCUUUCUGCUGCUCUCCACUGACGCAAUGUACUUCCUGUUGGAAGACACUGCCUCCACACUCGGUCACCACUCAGUGUUAGACAUUAUGGACUCUGGGGAUCCAGACAUCUGCUUGUGCUGCUGUCUGUCCAUCAGACUGCCUGAGCUGCUGUCUGUCAACGUGGGACUCUUUGACCAGUACUUCAGAGUCGUAGGUCAUUCGGCCGAUCACAUCGUGUGCUGUCUCAGCCGGGACAGUUAUGGGACGGGCGUCUUUCUUCAGGAGCUGAUGUCCACUCUCAGUCUGCAGCAGCAGCAGCUUCCUCCUCCAGAGCCGUCAGAUCAGGACUUCUACUCCCAGUUCACCAACACAAACACAGGUAAGAUGCACAACUACGAACUGGUCCAUAGCAGCAGGGUGAAAUUUAUUUACCCCAGUGAAGAGGAGAUGGGAGACCUGACCUUCAUCGUGGCAGAGAGGAAGACUCUGGCCAUCGCAGCGCCCUCGUCAUCACACUCCUUCAACAUCCUGCUGUACCUACUGGUCUUCCAAGUUCAGAUCCCCAGCAGUGUUCCCAGCCAAGGCGCUGCCCUCUCAGGUCCUGCUCCAUCUUCUGUACUCCUGCCCAGGACUCUGAUCAUGACCAGCACUGAUGUGUUCCUGUUGGAUGAGGACUACAUCAACUAUCCUCUGCCCGACUUUGCCAAAGAACCUCCCUCCAGGGAGCGGUACCAACUGCGUGAGGCUCGGAGGGUCCGAGACCUGGACCGGGUCUUGUUGGGCUACCAGACAUAUCCUCAAGCUCUUACCCUGGUGUUUGAUGACCUGCCUGGCCCCGACCUGCUCUGCCACCUCACUAUGGACCACUUUGCUGCUGGAGGGGAGGAGCCCUCAUCCAGAGGGGGUGGAGCCAGUGGUGGCGCAGAGGGAGAGGUCCAGUGGUGCAUCUUUGUUCCGGGGGCCGACAGCAGAGAGAGGCUGAUCUCACUCCUCGCUCGCCAGUGGGAGGUGCUGUGCAGCCGUGAGCUUCCUGUGGAACUCACCGGCUGACUUGGUCGACAGGGAGUGGUGGAAGCUGACUGGCAGAGAUAAUUACACACAGAUUCACUGCUUGGAUGGUUUAAAGGCCUCAAAAUGCUUCAAACGUAGUAGUUUGUACAAUGUGUUUUCUGGCUGGAAGGCUGGAUGAACAGCCUAUUGACACUGAGAGGGGACAGGGUGGGAAUAAUAGCACACACUUUCAGAAAAUCUCUCCUCGAUGGCGGUCAUGGUGUUACCCUUAUAAAAAGUGAAGUUGCUGCAUGAGGAGGCGGAGAGCGUAUACACCUCUACAUAUCUGGCCAGUCACAUAGUGAGAUGUGUGAUUUGAUUGGCUGAGAUUUCCAGUGAAAACAAAGGCGGUUUGUAUCGUGAUGCCAGGGCUGGAUUAGUGGGACUCAUCAGACCCCAGACUGCCACUACAGCGGGACCUGUGACCUCACACC